GAUCUUUAUAAGCUUUUGGGAGUUCCACGCACAGCCACGACUAAAGCGAUCAAACAGGCCUACCGACGCAAAGCUUUGGAGACGCAUCCCGAUAAGCAGAAACAACUGCCGGCGGACGAGGCAGCAGAAGCGUUCCGACAAGUCGUUCACGCCUUUGAGAUUCUAUCUGAUGUGGCUUCCCGACAACGAUAUGAUCGCACAGGAAGCUCGCAA